AUGCUCAGCGCCAGCAUGCAGCUCCUCCACGCUCUCACCAUACUCUGCUUACUGCCCCGGUUUUCAAAACUGAUCUCAGCAGAAUAUACAAAUGGCUCUGAGGAUUUAGAAUCCAAAGAGGCUGACACUUCUCCAUCAUUGCCAGCAAAUUUCAUCCUCCAGCGCAAUGCCGCUAUAACAUCCCAGCUCGCAGCAGGGCUAGCUCUCGGCGUGAAGAAAAUGAGCGAAGAUGAAGGCGAGAAAUUCUUCCUCGACUAUUGGAGUUUUGGGGAUGACUUUUCGUCUGGGAACAUAUCUGAGCGACACCUCCUCGAUGAAGAUGGAUUUUCCCCAGCACGCUUUGUGGCCCAAUCAUUCCCAUUCGGGCCGUCAUAUUCCAUGGACACAAAUGGAGACAGUCAGUUCCUUUCCCGAGAGAAUAAUAACAGCGCCGUCAAUCUGCUCGAGAAACGAGAUUUCAAGUGUCCGACUGGGACAACGGCGUGCGUAUCCAUCGGUCGAUCCGAUCGCUGUUGUGGGUCCGGGGAGACAUGCCAGAUCGUCGCUGAUACGGGGCAUGGCAAUGUGGGCUGUUGUCCUAGCUGGAAGACUUGCUCUGGAAUGAUUGGGUCGUGCCAGAGUGGGUAUACGGCUUGCUCGCAGGCUUUGGGGGGUGGAUGUUGUAUUCCGGGGUAUGAUUGUGUUGAAGGGGGAUGUGCAUACAUCACUGUGAUUACGGUGUCUAUCCAUUCAACUGUGGUGUUAUCUACUGUGACUUACUCGACCAAACCACAGGAUACUACUUCCACUUCCUACACCCCCUCAGCGACCUCUCCCUAUAGCAGCAAGUCCACGACAAACGAUAGCCUGGCACCACCAGCACGGCCUACGAACCUCUCAACAGUAACCAGUAAUACCCGCGGUAGCGAUGUCUGCCCAACUGGUUUCUACGCCUGCUCGGCCGUCUACCAAGGUGGUUGUUGCCGCACCGGAAGAGACUGUGAUACGACCUCAUGUCCGACCACAUCUUCGACAACCAUAAUAUCAGAUGGUGUGACGAUUGUAGCGCCCGUCGCGACCACAACGCAACACUCUGGUGGAAACCGGUGCGCUCAGGGCUGGUUUCAUUGUGCUGACACCGUGGGUGGAGGAUGCUGUCCCAUGGGAUUCGCAUGUGGUGCUAGUUGUACUGCAAGGGACAUUUCGUUUGGGACGACUAUCGCCAAGGAACAAGCUACCGCGACUAGCGGAGCUGGUGUGGUGCGUCGAGUUAGCAAAAUGAUGUUGGGGAUGAUGCUGGGAUUGGUAAUCGGGCUAAACGUACAGGCGGAGUCUUACCGGCUGCUGCACUCGGACCUGACCACCGAAUCUCGCCGACACCGGGAACCUCCGCUUUUCUCACUUCUUCUUUCUCCAACCCUCGUUCUUUUCAGGUAUUCCGCCAUCAUGUCCGAAACUCCCCAGGCACCCCCCCCCUUCAUCUACCAGUUCGCCGCCGGUGCGGUGGCUGGUGUCUCAGAGUGUGGAAAUUGGACUCAAUUGACAAUGUGUGACUCGCAGGUACCCUCUGGAUGUGCUCAAGACUCGAAUCUCCAGACCGGAGCCCCUGUCCCUGGUGUCGAUCACUACAAUGGCAUGUUCGACUGCUUCCGCAAGAUUGUUAAGAACGAGGGUGCUUCCCGUCUAUACCGUGGUAUCUCCGCGCCCAUCCUGAUGGAGGCACCUAAGCGUGCGACCAAGUUCGCCGCCAACGACAGCUGGGGUGCUUUCUACCGCAACCUGUUCGGUGUCGAUAAGCAGACCCAAGGUCUGGCCACUUUGACCGGAGCCACAGCUGGAGCGACUGAAGCCUUCGUGGUGGUUCCUUUCGAGCUGGUGAAGAUCCGUCUGCAGGAUAAGGCCCAGGCCCACAAGUACAACGGUAUGUUCGACGUUGUGAAGAAGAUCGUGGCCGCAGAAGGCCCGCUGGCAAUGUACAACGGCCUUGAGUCAACCAUGUGGCGCCACGUCCUGUGGAACGCUGGUUACUUUGGCUGUAUCUUCCAGGUUCGCGCACAGCUGCCUGCCGUCGAGCCCGGCAACAAGAACCAGCAGACCCGCAACGACUUGAUCGCUGGUAGCGUUGGUGGUAUCACUGGUACUAUCCUCAACACCCCCAUGGACGUCGUCAAGUCGCGCAUCCAGAACACCUCCAAGGUUCCUGGCCAGGUCCCCAAGUACAACUGGGCCUGGCCUGCUCUCGGCACCGUUAUGAAGGAGGAGGGCUUCGCUGCCCUGUACAAGGGCUUCACCCCUAAGGUCCUGCGUCUCGGCCCUGGUGGUGGUAUCUUGCUUGUCGUCUACACCGGUGUCAUGGAUUUCUUCCGCAACAUGCGCGAUCAAAAGUAAAUUGAUCGUGCUUGUUGUGGUUGAAUGUUUGAUAGCGAAAAUGUUUCCCAAAAAGCAAGAAUGGCCAUUCACCUCUGACCCUGACCCCUUUGCCCCGAUACCCUCUUCCACUAUCCUUUCUACCUUGGAUUCAGAGUUGACAGAACAUGUGGAGGAAGUUGUGGUUUAUGGUUUCUUGUCUUUCUAUACUACACUCUUUGCAUUAUACAAUAGAGAACGGCCAUUAGAUGGACAUAAAACAAAAUAAAACAAUAAAUUCAUGUGUUCAAG